AUGGAAGUUUACUGUAGACGUCUGGAUCUCGAGGAUUUCAAUUCAGUACGGGAUUUCGUCCUUAAACUUGACACAGGCAAAGGGGAUAUUGCGCAGAUUGAUGGGAUAGUUUAUAGCGCUGCCACCGUGGAAUCAGAGAGGCAUACAAAUGAGCAGCACAUCGAGCGCACAAUUGCAACCAAUCAUUUGGGCCCUUUCUUGUUAACAUCACUACUUUAUGACAGACUUCGAAAGCAGUCGAGACCUGUUCGUCUCGUCUUCCUCAAUACUUCGGACUUCAAAAUGGAGAAAAUAAAUUUCGAAGAUUUGAAUUCGACCGAUUUAACGAAAUGGCGAAAAUCACCCGAAAAGGCCAAGAAAGAUGCAUAUUAUCAAAGUAAACUGGCUCUUGCGCUUUUCGUAAAAUCACUUUCCGAGAAAGUAAAAGGCUGGUUUUCUGGGACGAAUAUACAAGUCAUAAUGGUUGACCCUGGUCUCACAAAAACUAACCUCUUUUAUCGGUUGGAAGGUGCUGAUGGUCGAUUCGUUGUAGUUCGCUGGUGCAAAAACUUAAAAAGAUGGGUGUAUGGACUGGUCGCAGCCCAAUCAACUAGCGAUGCAACUCGACCGGUGCUUUUCGCACUUGCUGACGAAAAAAUGGAAAAUGCGAAUGGUACUUUUAUUGACUCAAUAAGGACUCGAAUGCCAUGGCAUCAGCAAUCCGACGAUGCAGAUGUCCUUGAGCAGCUGUGGCUGACAAGCGCGAAAUGGACCGAAACAGGUGCCCAACUACAGCGUCUACAACAAGAUUUGAAAAAUCCACGACGUAAGGAAGGGAGUGUAAUUCAGGAUGUUAAGCCAACAUCCGGAUUGUUCACGUGGCUUAGGUAG